GUCACUCUCAAGCAGUCUACCUUGUCUCUUGUACUACUGGACUCAUGAGAAAAGUGUGAGUGAACUUCUAGAAAAAAAUGGGUUCCCUUUUUCUGACCUUCGUCGGAUUGAGUUUCGUCAUUCUCAUCAAUCAUUCAAUUCAAGGUGCGCCUUCAGGUGAGCAGAAAAGUAUUUUACCGACGUGUUCCCUUUGCAAUCUUGUGGUCCGGGGUAUCUUCCAGAGUUUCGAAAUUGGACUUACGGAUGAAGACAUCGUCGAUAAUAUCGCUUUAACGUGUAUCAGUCGGAGUCUCUACGACGAAGAGAUUUGUCGAGGUGUAGCCUCUGCCGCCAUCCCCACAGUGAGAUACAUCUACAAUAACUCACUAGUGGAUCCAGGAAACGUUUGCGGUAUCCUUAUGCAAGAAGCAAAUUGCACGUUUUCUGAUCGCGAGAAAUUGGAAUGGAGUAUCGCGCCAAGUUCGAUAUCAAAACCGGAUGUGGUUCAACUAACUUUACCUUCGGCAGAGAUGCCUACCAUCAAAGUUCUCCAUUUGGCCGAUCCUCACUGGGAUCCUGAGUAUAUGGAAGGUUCAAAUGCUAACUGUGGAAAUCCGCUCUGUUGUCGGGCUUCUUCGGGUCCGAUAACGAAAGACGAAGAUUCAGCCGGAUACUGGGGUGACUACCGAAAAUGUGAUUUACCUUGGAGAACUCUGGAAAACUCGGUCGAGCAAAUGUCGAAGCAUCACCUUGACUCCGCUUACAUCAUCUGGACUGGCGACCUUGUUCCACAUGAUAUCUGGUCAACCAGCCGAGAAGAAAAUAUGCUCAUCCACGAACGCUUACUCAAUCUUGUAAAACGAUUCUUCCCCGACACGCCUAUCUACCCAACUUUGGGCAAUCACGAUGCUCAUCCCGUGAACACGUUUGCCUUACCAGAAAUAACGGAUCAAGAACUUGGCACCGGCUGGCUGUAUCAAGAUGCUGAGCGUCUUUGGACCAAAUUUGGGCUUCCGAAUGAAGCAUCUUCUACGAUCCGCCAUGGUGGCUAUUACACUGCUUUAGUUCAACCGGGGCUCAGGAUUGUUUCCUUAAACACAAAUUAUUGCUACACAUUCAACUGGUGGACACUUUCUUCGGCAAAAGAUCCGGCCUCUUUACUCUCGUGGCUUACGAAGACUCUCGAAGCCGCUGAAACAGCGAAAGAAAAGGUACAUAUUAUCGCACACAUUCCACCUGGUAAUGAAGACUGUUGGACAAUCUACUGUAGAGAAUUCGACAAAAUUAUCAAUCGAUUCGAGUCGACAGUCGCCGCUCAAUUUUACGGACACACUCACAAUGAAGAAUUCAAAAUAUUCUAUGAUGAAACAAAUGACACGCGUCCUAUCAAUGUUGCCUACAUAGCGGGAAGUCUGACCAGCUUCACAAAUCUGAGUCCUAGUUACCGGGUGUAUACCAUUGAUGGCCAACGACCAGACUCCAGUUGGAGCGUGUUGGACUUCAGUACGUGGACGAUGAAUUUGACUGAAGCCAAUGAAAAGGGUCCGAUGCAUUUGCCCGAAUGGUUUGAACUUUACCAGGCUAAAAAGGAAUACGCCUUGGCCGAUUUAAGCCCGAAAACAAUCGAUGAAUUUUUCUCGCGCAUGUUAAAUGAUGACGCACUUUUUCAACUGUACUUCAAGAAUUAUUAUAAAGCCACUGACAACUUUGUGUCCGAAGGUUGCGAUGAAGAGUGCCGCAAGAAAAUUUUGUGUCGAUUGGUCACAAGUAAUAUCGCUGAUAGAAAACGCUGUAAUAUAAUCGAUCGAAAAUAGCCAGCGACGAAAAUGAGUUUUUGUUGCUUAACAAAUAACGAACAAGAAAUAUUUUAUUAUAGCGAGAUAUUUUUUAAGUAAUUAGCUCAUAGAUGCCUAGAGUUAGGCCGAUCUUUUACUUUACGUUAAGGCCUACAAAUAUUUAAAAUUUGAGCCCAACUAUAGCAAGGAAUCGAAAUUUUAAAUUAUACAAUGAAUUAAAUUCCACCUACUAUUUAAAAUACUAAUGCUCAUUAUUUUAAAUAUUUAUAAUAUAUUUAACAGAUACCUAUGUCAAAUAAUUCAAACAGUAACGUGAAAUACGACGAAUAAACGAAACUGCAAACAAAUACUACGAUUGAAUUAUUUAAAAAAAAAAAAAAACGAUCCGCGGAAAAGGAUUGAUUGUAAA